AUGGAUUCAUCAUCGAAUCACGCUCCUCUUCCUCCAAGAAAAAGAAAGGCACAGGAACUUGACCAUGAAGACGGCACAUUGUCCGUCGCGCCACCCAAGAAUCUCCACGCUUCUAUUACCUGGGACGUACAGGCUAAGCAUAUGGCCCAUCACAUGUUCUGCACCAAGUUCGUGGCUUUCAUGGACACCGCGAUCGAAUCGCAAAAGUGGACCGUGGAUAUUCAGAAGAAAUGUAUGGAGCUGAUGGACAUGCUCAGACUGAGCGACGCAACCUUCAACGAUAUUCACAGGCAUAAAUUAGCCGCGAACUUUCGUGAGGACCCUUCCUUCAUCAGAAUCAUGAUGCUCAAAACGCUUUACCCACUCGAAAAGAUGAAGAGGUGCAACUUUCUCCUCUCAGCCGUCGAGUCGGAAUAUCCAGGAUGGGAUUAUUCCACGGAAUCCUACCCACCUUCGAAAUAUCCCACUAGCCAGCCCGCGGAGAGGGAGCUCGAAAGCGUCAGGGCCAGCAUCGAGGGAAUGGACAAGCUUCUCAAGGACAUCCAUUCGACGGCUGAGGAUACAAAGAACAAGCUGCAAGAUGUUGCUGCGACGGAACACAGUAACUUUACGGAAGCGAACAUAAAAAAAUGGAUGAACGAUGUUAUGAACGAAGUUAAAUUGUUGACAAAAUUGAGUCCUGAGGAUAAGAUACUCGACCUGCUCAACAACAUCAGAAGCCAGUGCGAUACGAUGGCAAAAGGGCUUCUGAAUCUCGAGAGCCAGGUACAAACCCUGAGCAAAGAGAUGAAAAAGGGAGCCAAAGACUCCUAG